ACAUAUCUUCAGUGUCACCACUCAAAUAACGUGUGUAAUCACAGACGGUUUGCUCUAACUGAGUGACACGGGCAUGACCUGUCUUGAGAUCUCAUAAGACAUUGCAUCUUUGCCUUGAUGGACUCACCGUGUUUUGACCACAUCCUGCUGGUCCUCUGUCUCCUCUUCCUGGUCUGCAUCCAUGGCAAUGCUCAAGGCCCAUGUGAAAUUGAGGUGCCAAUCAAAAGAAACACUGUUUGGAAUGCUGUCCCUCAGAAACGGCUGACAAUCAACUGCCCUGUGAAACAUUGUGGAGAAACCUUACGUGUCACCUGGUGUAAAUUUGAGAACGCCAACUGCAAACAAAUCAAUGAGACAGAGCAAGUCAAAAUUGGAUGGAAACCAUUUUCUAGAGGGUUAGAAAAUGAUAUUGCAUUUUUGGAUUUUAAGAAGAUAUCUAUGAAUGACGAUGGUUCGUACAGAUGUGGAAUGGCUGGGAAUAAAUCAUCAAUUGUUAGCCAUGCUAUCAAUGUCUCUGUCUCAGAUAGCAACCUGAAAAUGACAAGCACAUCAGACCACAACACAAACGACUCACCAAAUGCAAAGCAUAAUGAGAAAUAUCUGAGCUGGCUGCCGUUUGUUUACAUCUGUGUGGGAAUAGUACUGUUGGUGGUCGUGGUGACAGCAAUCUCCUUCCUCUGCAUGUAUGGAUGUAAAGAACCAACAAGGUCAACAAAUAACGGGAUAAAGGAGCAGGCAGCACCAUGUCCAGACCUCUCCUCCUGCUCUAAGGGAACCUUUCCAUCAUCACCAUUCACACCAAACCCUGCCCACUCCGGCAAUCUCUACAACAAUGGUCCCUAUGGCAAACACAUCAACAGGGCAUCGGCACACAGCCUCCUGAUGACAAACGGAACUCUUCCUUCCUCGGAUAUCACAGCUGGAGAUCAAGGGUCAAACCACCUUGUGUACGCUAGCCUGAACCACCAGACCCUUAGAGGGUCCCCGAAACCCCCCCAUAUCCCAACCCCCCAGGAUGAAUGCUCAGAGUACGCAGCCAUCCGAGUCCACUGAGCCCAUAGGCUCUGAAAGAGACCUCAUCCAGACCAUAACGGCACGGUGCUGCUGACUGCUUUACUGUUUAAGUUGUCUUCUUUGAUGGAUCUUCUCACUGAAAAAGAGGAAAGCUGAACAUAUUUUGUGUAUGAAAAUCUCACUCCUUAGGGGGAUUCAUGUUUUUUAUAUAUAUAUAUAUAUAUA